ACAUCACCUAAUGCAUACAGGCAGCAGGGUGAGCUCAAAAGAAACAUCGUUUCCAAAUGUUCAGGCAUUGGCAUGCAUAGAUGAAGUAGGAUUUACCUCUCCAGCUGUGGAAGUUGAAGCAGGCAGCCUACAAAGCAAGACCUCUCUUCUUGGUUCGAGUUUUCAUGACAACAAGAGUAUUUUAGCUAGCAUGCAGCAGCAUCGCGAUAGCUUUCUUUCUACCCAUGGAAGCAGUAGCAAUAUUGAAAAGCCAACGCUUAUUCUCUAUCCUCGCAAGUCGAUAAUGUCUGGGUCGCUAAGAGAUUUGGCACAGAUGCGGUCCAGUAUCAUGAAUAUCCCUGAAGGCGCUAUAUUGCCUUCAACCAUGUCGACCAAAACCUCUCGCGACUCUGUAGGUGGCAGUCGCGCGUCGCUGAUAGUAAGGUCUAUGAACAGAGGAAUGAAUGGAAGCAUAGGAUAUAUUUCUGCUGAUGCUCGGCGUAGUCUUUUGCAGAUAUCGCCUGAAGGUCAGAUUGGUAUCCCUAGACCUGUUCCAGUUAUUAGCGAAGCGUCGCACGCAGAUCUUGAACCCAGCAUGGCGCUUGGCUCUAGUCCUCAUCAAGAUCCAUACAGCCAGCAGGUCAUGCAAACCCAAGCAUCUAUAGAUCAAAUCUUACAGGAAAAACGCCCUCGCCCAGUUUCUCUGGUGUCGCUCAAGAAUCUCAAUAAAUUCAAAGAGUCACUAAUCAAUGUAAACCCUGCAUCGCAAGCAUUUCAACAGCAAUCGCUAGGACCGCCAAUUAUCUCUGGUCAGACACAAACAAAUAAUGAGUACUACGAAUAUCUCAUGCUAUCACAGCGUCAUUCAUCUUCAAAUUUUAUCCAAAAAGUCGACUCUUCAGAAAUCAUUUGGGCUUCCAAAUCUAUGCCAUUGAAAAUGGUAGGCACAUAUCUCCUUGGUGACAAAAUCGGCAAAGGAGCCUUUGGAAAAGUCAAGGAAGGUGUUUGCUCAGAAACACUACAACGGGUUGCAGUCAAGAUCAUUGCUAAAAAAAGACUGAGAAAAGCACAAAACGGAUUAGAAAAUAUAAUUAGGGAGAUCAAGAUGCUUCGUAGUCUUAAGCAUCAGAAUAUUGUUACACUUGUAGACGUGUUUGCAAAAGUAGAAGAUAAAGAUGGGAACAUUGGAAUAUUUCCCUGGUUUACCACAAUUGAAGAAGAACCCAUCGUAUGGUUGUAUGACGAUGGACGCGAAGAAGAAAAAAAUGUCAAGGUCCUGAAAUGGUAUCUUGUAUUUGAGUACUGCCCAUGUUCAUUACAAACGCUACUAGAUCAAUGUGAGGGACAUAAACUCAGCAUUUCUCAAGCACACCGGUACUUUGUUCAAUUGAUGGAUGGACUAAGCUAUUUGCACUCAAAAAGUAUUAUUCAUCGAGACAUCAAACCGGGAAAUAUGCUCAUCACAUCGGAUGGCACAUUAAAAAUAUCUGAUUUUGGAGUGGCAGAGCAUCAUGAUAUAUAUGAUGGAAAUCAAUUGCGCUCAGAUGUGUUUGCAGGAACACAUCAGUUUUUAGCACCAGAGAUUGCAGAAGGCGCAGAAGAUUUUGAUUCAGUAAAAGUUGAUGUGUGGGCUUGCGGCGUUACCUUGUACAAUAUGAUUUCUGGACGAUUUCCAUUUGAAUUUGAUGAAAGUGGUAAUUUACUGGAACUUUAUGAAAAAAUCAUGGCUGGCGCGUUUGAAAUGCCCAAAGAAGCUGGAUCCAAUCUAAUAGAUCUACUAAGUGGUAUGCUUAACAAGGAUGUGCUGAAAAGGUUUACCGUAGCUCAAAUUCAAAGCAGCGCGUGGGUACAAUCGCAUUAUUCAUUCUUAUGCAAAUCUCUCUACAUUCCUACAUUCAAGCAUAAUCGGUUAGAUACCCCAACAUCAUCCGCCUUUUAUGAUUCCGAAACACUUAAAAACGGCAGCAGUACAACGCCAAAAUCAAGCGAUGUGGAAUCUCAUAUAGGUAAUGUGAUGUUUGAAGCAAGCCAGUCAACUGCCAAGGAAAGCACAAAUGAUGCAUAUUUGACUCCGUGCGAGACUACCAUGAUUCCGUUUUUGAGUAGUAUGUAUAAAGAUGAGAUUGAGCAAGAUCUGGAUGAACACGGAACAGUUUUCAAUGAUACUAAUGAAGAUACGGAGUCAUUGGCAUCAAUUGGAAAAAAGAAGCACAAAAUCGUAGGUUGGAUCAAAAAUGUUUUUGGAUCAAAAGGACGACUCGCACAGCAGAAAUAAAAGAAAGAUUGAAACC